AUGGCCUCCAGUGAAUUGGACUUGGUGGAAAAAGUCGACUUGCGCUUGGCGCUUGCCGAAUCCGACGCCCAAUUGGAACAGGCACUCGCCCUGUUUUUGCCGCCGUUGCUUUUGAAACUCGCCAGCAGUGAAGCCGCCGUCCGCCAGGCCGUGUUCCGCACAAUUCAAAACGUGUUUCCACGGAUCACCGCCGCCAGAUCGUUGCAAUUGCCCGUUUCUGCGUUGCUCCAGCAAGCCAAGACGCCCAGCUUGCCCCCGGGCGCAGACCCGAGCUCCGUGCGGCUCUAUUCGCUUCUAUUCUUGUCGAAAGGAAUCGAGCGGCUCACGCCUCCAGAACGGGCGGCGCUUGUGCCGCAGGUGAUCCGCGGCAUCAGCUCCGGACUGGGCGCUGUGCCUGCCAGGCUUUUCAGUGUCCUCGUGAAGUUGCUCGAGGGCUGGAAGGCGCCGCAAAACGGGUCUGCAGAAGCCGAAAACAUGCGUGGCCGCUUGGGUUUCGGGGCGGCGGAUCCCGACGAGCUCUACGUCGCGCUGAAAGCCGGCAAGUUCUUCAUGCUUCAGCCCAACCCCAACCCGCUCCCGGCGCAGUCGCCGGGGCUAGGCUUGGAGGACUCGGCGUUCUUUACCACGGAUGCUGGGGUGGCAUACAAGACGUACGACGACAUCACCAAAACCAAACACGUGCUCUUGGAAUUCCUCAAGACAGGGUUCUCGGACCGUGCGUUGGCGUUGCCGCUUUUGGUCGCGUCCACCGACCCGUUGACUGCCCUUGCAGAACCCGCCCACGCGCGGUUCAAGAAACUAGACGUGGACCUAGAGUCCGAGCAGUUUGUGGGCCAGCUUGUGGACUUGUUCUUGGGCAAUGACAAAGUGCCGCCCGCCAAGCCAACGCUUCAGGAGCGCAUUUUGGCCGUGCUCUGCAAAAGCAGCGUGGCGGUGGCGCACCCCGAAAUCCGCCAGGUCUCCGACACCGGCCUUCUGUCCGAAUACGGCAGGUUGCGCCAGACCGCCGUGGCGUUUGUGCGCAGAGUCACGUCCGCCUCCUCGGCGCGUGCCGCCAGUGCCGGAAUCAGCCACGACUUCAACGUGCUGGUCGCCUCGCGAUUGAAGGAGGCUGUCAUCUCGGAGGGCUGGCCCCAGAUGGACCGGUCGCGCAUCACCAACUUCCGUGCUGCCGUCGGACUGAGGGAGUUGCAGUACGAGGCGUUGGGCGAUGUCUUGCGCAAUUCGCCCGCGCUUUGGCGCGACGAUUUGACGUACUUGAGGUUUCUCUACGCGUCUUUGGAGGGCGAGUCUGCAGACUUGGUACCUUGUCUCCAGGGCGUUCUCUCGGCGCUCAGCAUACAUCUCCCGGGCCUCUCGGAUCUGUGCAAACGCGAGUUGAGGGUCUUCUUGAAAGGCUUCUUGCAGUCUUCACGGCACGACGGCAACUUCAAUUCGUGCAAGUAUCUUGCCAUCAAGCACGUGAACUGCACGUUUCCGUUCGAAGACGCCGAGGCCAGGCUCUUGUGCAUUUUCGGAACUGUGAAGGAAAAUAACUUGGAGACUCGCGAAGAGGCCGAGCGGGGCCUCCAUCCGUACCACUUCAACUUGCUCCGGUCCUCCAACACCGCCGACUUCAUAUCGUCUCGAGACUAUUUGGGCCUCCAUUCUGAGGUGGCGUUCCCAAGCUUCUCGGACAUGGUGGCGGUGCUUGCUGGUGCCUUGGCUGACCCUGUCGAGGCAGCAAAGUACGGGAGGAGCGCCAUCAAGUUCACGCUUAGCGUAUUGGUCAUGCAAGCCAUCAAAGGCAAAACUACCGUCGUUGUGAUCGACGAGGAUUGGGCCCGCAGGCUCGACAAGGCACUCGAGAUGGACGAGGAUGUGCGUCUGUUGGUGAUCGCUGAGAUCGACACCGCCGCCCGGGCGGAUGUCUCCAUGCACGCGCAUGACGACGUCCACCCCUCGCCAUUCCACGUCUUUUUGACCCUCGUUUUCGAAGGUUUUGUUGGUGCCGCUGAGCCGGCGCAUGGCUCGGUUUUUGCUCUUCUUGUUUCUCUCUCUCCAUCGUCCGUUAUUGGAGCCUUCGCUUCAACAAUCCUGCGCCAGGUUCAAAGUCUCCACGAUCGGGUGUUGCUCCCUGGCGAUUUGAGAGACGCCUCCAAGGCGUUGAGUAUAAUCGUGACUCACGAAAGCAACGAAAUCAGCGUCGCCCAUGACAUCAUGAGGGCUUUCGCGAAGAACUUGUCGACUUCGAAUGACAAGGAGAGGUUCAUCUCGGUCGCGGCCCAUGUCCUUGCCAAACUUGCCCUUCGACAAAGACUCGAAGAAAUCGACGUUGGUAUCAUUGAGCACUUUUUUAAAGUAGUUCACGAGUCGCUUGGGGACAUGCGGCUCUAUGAUACUUGCAUUGAAGGGUUGUCCCAGCUUGCCAUUUUCGGUGUUUUAGGUCCCCGCUUGUCUUUGGGUGGUCAGGUAGCCACCCACUUGGAACAAUUCAUGUGCAUAAUUGAGCUGAAGCUCAAGUCAUUCCAUGAGAGCUCUGUGCUUGCCUUGAGCAAACUCGCUUUGGCAAUGCCCUCAACUUAUGACCCCGACAGCAGCCAGUUGUUGCCAAUCGAGCAGAGAAUUUUUGACGCUCACACUUCAAAACAGAUCGAGUUUAUCUUCACAUGUGGCGAUGCGCUUCUGAUUCUAGCUGGAGGCUGGCUGUCCAAGCUUCUUCGACAAAACCUUGAUAUCCAGGGCCAGACUGUUGAGUAUGUGCCGGUAUCUACGGGCCGCCUCGAGCCCAUCUUAAACCAUGUUCUCCAGGCUACCACACAAAGUAAGCCCGCUUUGAGAAAAUCAGGCUGUGUCUGGCUUCUAGCAAUCGUGCAGUAUUUGCCAAGCGAUUCUCUCAUCAGGGGAAAGGCAACGGAGAUCCAUUCCGCAUUCAUGAGGUUUUUGGUCGACAGAGAUGAAAUGGUACAAGAGGCUGCUGCUCGCGGACUCAGCCUUGUAUAUGACAUGGGUGAUGCCGACUUGAAGGAGACUCUUGUGAAGGGUUUGUUAAGGUCUUUCACCGACGCCAAUGCUUCGAGCGCGUUGUCUUCCGGAAGCGUUGAUCUUGACACGCAGCUCUUUGAUAAAGACGUAUUGAAAACACACGAUAGUUCUGUUUCCACCUACAAAGAUGUGCUUACAUUGGCCUCAGAUGUGGGAGACCCAAGUUUGGUCUAUAAGUUCAUGUCUUUGGCGAAGUCAAACGCUCUUUGGUCCUCCAGAAGAGGAAUGGCCUUUGGUCUUGGGUCGAUCUUGUCUAAGUCAAGUCUUGAUCAAAUGCUUGCAGAAAACCCCCACUUGAGUCAGCGCUUGAUUCCAAAGUUGUACCGGUACAAGUUUGAUCCAAACCAAGGGGUGUCUCAGUCGAUGAACGAAAUAUGGACGUCAUUGGUCGGCGAUACUUCCAAAGUUGUUGGUGAGUAUUUUGACCCUAUCUUGCGAGAGAUUUUGAAGGGAAUGGGUAGCAAGGAGUGGAGAGUGCGUCAAGCAAGCGCUGUUGCCUUGAACAAUCUCUUGCAAACUCAGCCCAUGGAGAAAUACGAAAUGAAACUCGAGGAAGUGUGGAACAUGAGUUUCCGUGCUAUGGAUGACAUCAAGGAGAGUGUUAGAAAAGAGGGGCUGAAUUUAUCCAAGACCCUCGCAAGAAUCUUGAUCAGAUCUGCAGACUUGAGCACGGGCAAAGUCUCUGCAUCAAAAGCUGCUGAGGUGUUAGAUCAUCUCAUACCAAUGUUCAUGGGCAGCAAGGGGCUACUUAGUGACGUCGAGGACGUCAGAUCAUUUGCCUUGGAGACUAUCUUGAAACUCUGCGACAUCGGUGGCAAGGCUAUCAGGCAACACGUUCCGGCUCUUUUGUCCAACUUCAUCGAGCUCAUGUCCACCUUGGAGCCUGAGGUCAUCAACUACCUAGUUUUAAAUGCGGACAAGUACAACCUCGAUAGCAACGAUGUUGAUGCGAAGCGUCUCCAGAGCCUUGGCCACUCGCCAAUGAUGGAUGCCAUUGAGAAGCUCAUGAACCAAAUCGACGAGCCAAUGAUGCCUGAGAUUGUCAGACAGCUCAAAGUAUCGGUGAAAAAGUCCAUCGGACUCCCCUCUAAGGUUUGCGGUAGCCGUGUUAUUGUCAACCUCGUCUCGGCGCACAGCGCCAUUGCACGUCCUUUUGGAGACGCCAUGUUGGCCCUAUGCGAAAGCCAGCUCAAAGACAGAAACGCCACCGUAUCCCAGUCAUACGCUGCGGCGGCCGGCCAUUGCUGUAAAGUUUCUAGUGUUGAAGCUAUUGUGAAUUACAGCAAGAAGAUCGAGUCUAUGUACCUUGAAGACGAAGACUCCAAAACCCGCAAACUCGCGGCAAUUGCUUCUGAGGCUGUCAGUAGAUACAGCAGUGCGGACAAAUUUGAUCUUGUUGCCUCGGCCUUCUUGCCCUUGGCAUUUGUCGGCAGACACGACGGAGAUACUGGGGUCAGCACUGCGUUUGACAAAGAAUGGGUGGAGUAUUCCAGUGGAAAUAAUGCCAUCAAGCUCUACUUUCAUGAAAUCUUUGCAAUCUGUGACGUGAAUAUUCGUUCAAAUGACUACAACGUCAGACAAACAAUGGCCAGAACUAUCGUUGAUGUUUGUCAAUCCAUUGAAACUCUCCUGCCCAAAGAGGUUGGACCUCUUUUCACCAUGGUUCUAGAAGCAUGCAAAGGCAAAUCCUGGGAGGGCAAAGAAUUGGUGCUAGAGGCACUUGUCAUGAUCUCUGUCAAAAACGCGGACUAUUUGCGUGAGAACAGUGCUCUCAUGGACCUCGUGGUACAGACAAUAAAGUUGGAACAAAAGCGGCGGAAUAAAUCAUAUCAGCUGCGUGUCAUUUUGAGCGUGAGCAAAUUCAUCAACCAAUUUCCUGAAAACAGAGAACUCGUGGAAUCUUACAUCGAUAUCAUGCGCCAGAUCUUGACAGACGAUUACUUGGAAGAUUCCGACAUCGUGAAUGUUGAUUCUCUGUCAGCAGUUGAGGAAUGGUAUACCUCAUACAUUCGCAGUGUCGUCGAGGCGUGCCCCUCACGUGCAUUUGACGAUGAUCUCUUUGCUUUCGCUCUGGAAUUGAUGAGAGGUUUCAAGGUAAGCGGACACGAAUUGACCUGGAAGACAUGUUUCUCCUUCAACGAGAAUUUUCAGAGCUUAUUAAUUGCCUUGAAUGCGGCCACGCUCAAUGAGACUCAAUUGUCGGUGGUAGCCAAAGAACUUGCAAUCUUAACAGAUUUCAAAGACAUGUACAAACUUGAAAAGAAUGUCAUCAUAUUUGCUCGCAAUGUGAAGCUUUCAUUAGACCUUUUCAAGAAGUACAAUACGCCAAGCCUCGCUGAACAACUUGUUAAAGAAGCUCAAAACUUAUUGAGCGCCAACAUUUCAAGUGUGGCAAGGCACGAAUUGGAAAUGGCCAUUUCUUAG